GUGCCGCACAAUGUGGCCAUUGCCGCAAUGCGCUUGGAGCCACUGGUUCCCGAGACGCAUGGCCUUCCCGCGGUAAAAGCAUGGGUGGAGUCUGGCGGCGACGUGAACGGCAUUUUUGAUCCGGACGCGCACACCGGGGGUCGAGAGGGUUGUCACCCGAGCCUCAGGCAUUUAGAGCCUGGCGGAGAGCCGCUCCUUUCGCUCGCGAUUGGCGGUGUUGGGCUCGAAGGUAAGGCAAUUGUUAGUCGUGUACGCGUUUUUCGGGACCGUCGCCGUCUCGAGCACCGCCUCGAGCUCAUUCGGUAUUUGUUAGCGCGCGGGGCAGACCCAAACUUUGGCAAACCUAUGUACCUGGUUGCUGGAUCAUGGUGUGAAGAAUUCAGGCUCAUCGCAGGGGAACUAUUAAUAGACGCUGGUGCCAAUCUCGAAGCUGCAGCUGAACAUGGAUACACGCCACUCGCUAGAGCUCUGGAUCUUUAUCCUUACAAUAACAUGGAGUUUAUCAGACUACUACUCCGCCGCGGCGCAUCUUUGGACUUCCCCGAGUGCAGUGAAGUACUUUCGGGCGUCACUAGAAAUAGAGCAGAGGCUUUCAUGCAGUCGCAACUAAGAUGGUUCGCAUUCAGUGACGGUGAGGAGGACAUUAACAGGGUCGAGGAAAGGCUACGCCUCGUCACCGCCGUCCGGGCCGCGGGCUCGUGGAAGAGCUACUGCAGGACCCCCCACAAAUCCCUCGUUGUUUUCCGCUCGCUCCUCGCGCGCGGUCGGGCCCGGCGCCGACCGCUCUGGGACCAGCCGACGCCGCACGCGCUCGUGCGCCUCUUCGACCCGUCGCUGCCGAACGGCGUCUUCUGGCACGUCCUCUCCUACUGGCGCGAGACCGGCUAA